CUCAAUGGGUGGGGUCAAACUCCCACUGAACCAGGAAUUUAGUUUUGGUUUUUCAGUAGCAGUUGAUGAUUCACUGGUCUGGUCCGUAACACUUUGUGGUGCAUUCCUGAAACAAGAAGGUUUCGAAGGUGUGUUUGGCCGAACCAAACAGCUUUGGCUUCUUUUCUCUGAAGGCUGCAAAGCAGGAAAACAAAUCUCUGAUUUGACAGCAUCUCGGGAUCCCUUCUUCUAUAAGCUAAAAAUUCCACAAUGGAAAACAGUGAACUACCAAUGACGUACUUUCGACAUAAUGGCAUCAUAUUCUGUUCACCGUUACACACAGCUGAGCAACUUGAAUGGCUGAAAGAUUUCAACAUAGAUCCACAUAUUCCAGUCAUUGUCACUUACCCCAAAUCUGGAACAACUUGGAUGCAGCAGGUCAUGAGUCUGAUUUUAUGCAAUGAUAAUGAUUCUAAAAAAGAGAUGAACCUCUAUGAGAGAGCCCCGUGGAUGGAGAUAGUGCGAUUCACGUCUGAAACCACAGAUUAUCAGAUGUUGACAACACAUUUACGCUACCAAAUGGUGCCGAACUGUGUGAAAAACAAAAUGUUCAAGAUCAUUUAUGUCACCAGGAAUCCCAAGGAUGUGAUUGUGUCUUCAUAUCACUUUCAUAAAUAUAGUCGUUUCUUGGAGAAACCAAAAGAUUUUCAAGAUUUCCUGAAGAAAUUUAUUGAAGGAAACGUGUUUUAUGGAUCUUGGUUUGAACAUAUCAGAGAGUGGUACAGUCAUAAAGAUGAACUCAACAUCUUGUUUGUGGCAUAUGAGGAUAUGAAAACUGAUCUCCGGAGUGUGGUCCAAAAAGUUGCAUCUUUUCUUAAUAAAAAAUUGGAUGAAGAAACCUUGAAGUCAAUUUUGAAUCAAUGCACGAUUAAACAUAUGCAAGAAAACCCAAAGACAAACUACAAAAGUGUACCAGAGCUGUUCGACUUUGAGAGUGGCUCUUUUUAUCGAAAAGGAAUUACUGGAGACUGGAAGAAUCACUUUUUUGUGUCUCAGAAUGAGUGGUUUGAUUCCAUCUACCAGGAGAAAAUGGGAGACUUCCCUCUGAAGUUUGACGAUAUGUGACUGAUUAGACUUCAUUUCCAAAUAAUUUGUCAUUUAAAAUUGCAAACUGCGUGAUUCUCCAAUGAGUUUCUAUCGAGCUUUUCCUGAUAUAUCCUAUAAGGGCAUGCAAAGAAGUUGCAGCAACAGAAGUCUGCAUUUUAGCUUUUCAAGCCUGCUCUAUUUAAUAAAAAUGUACCUGAUCUGAUUGUCACCACAAACUCAUGUUCUUGCCCAACCAUGAUAAUCUUUCAUCCCCCUUAUUCAUGAAGAAUCCAUCCAUCCCCGACUUAAAAAUAUUCGAAGACACUGCACCCACUGCCUUUUGAUGAAGAGAAUUCCAAAUAAGCUACCUUUCAUUUUUAAACAAAGACUUCUAAUUUGAAAUUCUCCCAUACUGAAAAAUAUCCAUUAUGCAUCAAACCUGACAAGACCCUUCAAGACUUUGUAUGGUUCAAUCAAAUUAGCUCUUAUGUUUUGAAACUCCACUGAAUCAAGUCCAUCUUCUUCAAUGUUUGCUCAGGAAACCAGGCAUUGCUUUGGUAAACCUUCUCUGAACUGUUUCCAAUGUAUCCGUAUUUUUCCUUAAAUAAGGUGGCCAACACUAUAACAGUACUUGAAUAUGGCCUGACCAAUAGCCGGUAUAACUGAAGAAUGACCUUCCUCCUUUGUAUUCACUUCCCUUUGCAAUAAACAAUAACUUUUUUUUGGU